AUUCCCACCGCGUAUGUCACUCUCGCUUCGGAGCUUCCGGGGGUUCUGAGGUCCGAUCUCGAAACCAUGGCCGAGGACAUGACUCUGUUUUGGGGCUCCGGCUCUCCGCCGUGCUGGAGGGUCAUGAUCGCCCUGGAGGAGAAGAACCUGCAGGGUUACAACCAGAAACUACUUUCCUUCGACAAAGCUGAGCACAAAUCCCCGGAGGUGUUAGCCAUAAACCCGAGGGCUCAGCUGCCGACUUUCAAACACGGCAACAACAUACUGAACGAGUCCUACGCAGCCUGCUUGUACCUGGAGAGUCAGUUUGAGUCCCAGGGAAACAAGUUGAUCCCUGAGAGCCCAGCAGAACAAGCACUCAUGUAUCAGCGCAUGUUUGAGGGUCUGACACUUUAUCAGAAGAAGGGUGAUGUUAUCUACUACAACUGGAGGGUGCCAGAAGGAGAGCGACAUGAUUCUGCUGUGAAAAGAAACAGAGAGGCUUUAAUCACCGAACUCAAGCUGUGGGAGGGUUACCUGGAGAAGCUGGGGCAGGGUUCAUUCUUGGCGGGGAAGACCUUCUCCUUGGCUGACGUGGUUGUUUUUCCGAAUGUUGCCUAUCUCUUCCGCUUUGGGUUAUCUGCAGAGCGCUACCCUAAACUGGCAGAGUAUUACGCUCUGUUGAAGGACAGGCCCAGUGUCAAGGCCAGCUGGCCCCCACACUGGCUCGAGAACCCGCAGGGCCAAGACACACUGAAAGACCUCUGAUAAGCAUACACCUAGACACAGUAAGUGUUCUUGGAGUGUAUGCUCAAUCAGAGACACAAACCAUCAUGUCCUUAAAUGAUAUAAUGCCUUGUACUGCACUGCUAUAACUAGCCACUUUGUUUGCUAAGCUCCUACUGUGCUUCACGCUGCUGUUGCGAUUUGCAAGAUAGAAAUGGUGCUCUGUUGCAAUACAAAUGAAAGCAAUAAAAAUAAAUCAUGAAUGUGCAUUGUGCUUGCAUUCUUAAUGUAAAGCUCAGUAUACCACUGUUUUACCCUGAUGGAUUAGACAGUAACAUAACUUUAUAGAUGUUUAUUUGUAACUUUGUUUUGAAAGGCACUAUAUAAAUAAAAUUGUUUAUUGUUAUUAUUAU